AUGAGGAAAGGUCUGGGUGUGGAGACCCCAAGUGUGGCCAAGUUCCCUGAGGCAGGCAACCGCGGGGCUUUGGAAUUGUUCCCAAGUGUUUCCACAAAGAGCCGCAGGCAGCCUGCCGAGCGUGGAGUAUGCUUCCUCGAAGCCCAGGAGACUCGUCUCCACACCAACCACCUCAAGAUCUUCCACAAACACAAGCCACGGAUGUGUCACUGGCAGGUGGCAGCGGAUCUCUCAUCUCCUGCCCCCCACGCUGGGGUCGCCUCCCUCCUGCAGCCCACCAGGGCCUGGCUCACUAACUCUUGUCCAACGAGGCCCCCGCCCAGUCCCCCAGGGUCUCAGUUUCCUCUUUGUGAUGGGUCCAGCCGCAGCCAGCUAGCCACUCCCGUAGCUGAACCCGACUUGGGGGGACAGGUUGUGGGCGCAGAGCGCAUCUUGACUCUUCGCUACCACCCUGAUAGGGGUGGGGGGCUCCCCUCCUGCCUGGCCUGGGAGUCGGGCGUGAAAGAGGGAGCGGGGCUGGGCCAGGCCUGCCCCGGCUCAGAACGGCGGCAGCAGCGGCCGUGCCAACAGCUCCGGCUCCGGCUCCGCGCGCUCCUCCCGGGCCCUCGCGCCCCGGACCCCGUCGCCUCGCCUCGCCUAGCCGGGGGGCCCUCGGGCAGCCCCCGCCGCCCGCCUUCAACGCUGAAGUUCCUAGCCGUGCUGCUGGCCGCGGGCAUGCUGGCGUUCCUGGGUGCCGUCAUCUGCAUCAUCGCCAGCGUGCCCCUGGCGGCCAGCCCGGCGCGGGCGCUGCCCGGCGGCCACGGGGACAACGUCUCCACCGCGUCCCCGGGCCCGCAACGCAGCCUGAGCGCCCUGCACGGCGCGGGGGGCUCGGCCCGGCCACCGCCGUUGCCAGGAGCGCCCGAAGCCAGCGCGCACCCGCUGCCGCCCUUGCCGCUGUUCAGCCGCUUCUUGUGCACGCCGCUGGCCGCCGCCUGCCCGUCGUCGGGGGACGCCCAGCCCGGGGACGGCCAGCCCGGGGUCGGGGAGCGCGAGGAGCUGCUGCUGCUGCAGAGCACGGCGGAGCAGCUGCGCCAGACGGCCCUGCAGCAGGAGGCGCGCAUCCGAGCCGACCGGGACACCAUCCGCGAGCUCACCGGCAAGCUGGGCCGCUGCGAGAGCGGCCUGCCCCGGGGCUUGCAGGGCAACGGGCCCCGCCGGGACACCAUGGCCGACGGCUCCUGGGACUCGCCCGCGCUGCUGCUGGAGCUGGAAGAUGCCGUGCGCGCCCUGCGGGACCGCCUGGAGCGCCUGGAGCAGGAGCUGCCCACCCGUGGGAACUUCUCCACCGGCCCUGCACCAGCUGCACCCACUGCCCUACAUGCCAAGAUGGACGAGCUAGAGGGACACCUGCUGGGCAAAGUGUUGGCACUGGAAAAGGAGCGUGAGGCCCUGAGCCACAGCAGCCACCAGCAGCGCCAGGAGGUGGAGAAGGAGUUGGACGCGCUGCAGGGCCGAAUAGCCGAGCUGGAACAUGGACCCUCGGCCUACAGCCCUCCAGAUGCCUUUCAGAUCAGCAUCCCCAUUCGCAACAACUACAUGUAUGGCCGCGUGCGGAAGGCACUGCCUGAGCUCUACGCCUUCACCAUCUGCGUGUGGCUGCGUUCCCGCUCGGCUGGCAUCGGCCAGGGCACCCCCUUCUCCUACUCAGUGCCAGGCCAGGCCAAUGAGAUUGUGCUUCUACAGACAGGUCGGGACCCCAUGGAGCUGCUGAUUAAUGACAAGGUGGCCCAGUUGCCCCUGAGCCUAAAGGACAGCAAUUGGCACCACGUCUGCAUUGCCUGGACCACCAGGGACGGCCUGUGGUCCGCCUACCUGGAUGGGGAGCUGCGGGGUUCUGGCGAGAACCUGGCCGCCUGGCACCCCAUCAAGCCCCACGGAAUCCUUAUCCUGGGCCAGGAGCAGGAUACUCUGGGCGGCCGGUUUGAUGCCACUCAGGCCUUUGUGGGUGACAUUGCCCAGUUUAACCUGUGGGACCACAUCCUGACGCCUGCCCAGAUCCAGGGUAUCGCCAACUGCUCAGGGCCGCUGCUGGGCAAUGCCCUCCCCUGGGAAGACAAGCUGGUGGAGGUCUUCGGGGGUGCAACCAAGAAUGCCUUCAAUGUCUGCAAAGGCACUGCCAAGGCUUGAGGGGCCAUCUCUCCCAGGGGCCCCAAAUCGGUGGCAGGGGGGACUUUGGGGGCAUAUUUCCUCCUCCUCUCUCCUUCCCUCCCCUCCCACCUGUACCUGCCCCUCCAGGAUUCCCUGCCCUUCAGAGGCACCCCUAGGCCAUAUGGGAGGGGGUGGGCAGCUACAGUUGGAGGGCCUGGAAGUCUGGGGCAUUUCUCCCUCCCCCCCUUAUCUCUAGCCCUCUUGCUCUGUAUCCUGUGGCUUGAGUAUUUCUGUACCUGGCUCUGGACAGACCCUGUCCAGUUCUAGCCUGCAGUUGGGGACCAGACCCCAGGACAUCACCCGUCACCCCCUGUGCCCACCCACAGCUGUGUCCCCCGAACCCCCCAGCCCAGACUGGGAACAUAUGAGAGGCCUCUUCUCUCAAAGGAAGGACCUGCAGUCACUUCCCCAGGUGAACUGUGGACCCCUGGUUAAUAAGGGGCAUUGUGGCAACAGGUGGCAUCCGCCAGGCCUGUGCCCAGGCUCACAGCUGGCACCAGGGUCAGAGCAUGGCCUGGCGAGGCACACUAGCCUCGCACACAGACAGCGAAACCCUCUUCUGUAUGCCCUGAUCUGGUGCCCACGCCAGGAUAAGCACUUUCCCAAGAGCUGGCCCCACCGCAUGAUCUCAUGGCUCCCCAACAGAGUGGAAGGAUAUCACACAUGGGAGGUCAUCCGGCCCGAACUGGGAAGAGUCAGAGAGGGCUGGUGUCACAUAGGCUCCCACAGCACAGCAGGGGAGUCAGCACCCCAACCCAGGGCCCCCAUGAACCAUCUAUCUGGCCCCAUCCAGCGCUGUCCUUGAGUCUGGCCAACCUGAGAGAGCAGGUGUUUGAGGCCAGACACACCCCAUCUGCCUUUCUAGAGCCCCCCCAGGAGGAGAGAAAGGGAAGAUGUGGAGGGAAUGGGGAGCAGAAGACAGAGGGAUUCUCCCUGUCAGCCAAAUACCAGGUGUGUCCCAGUGCCAGGCUAGGUGCCCUCUUCUUGCCCAUGCCCAUUCCCAUGGCCACACACUCACGAACUUCACCCCAGAACCAUAGGCAGGACCUGGGCUGGGGGCAGGGGCUCCUUCCAGCUUUCUUAGCUCCCGGAUCUCUGUCUGUAACCCCAGAGCACAGGUAGCUUGGACCUCCUGACACCCCCAGCCCCUGCAAGAACCACAGCCAGAACUGUGCAUUUCUGUUGCCCGGGUAAAAGCAAAAUGAUGUCAGCCUGGAACAGAGUCAUGAGCCUCCAUGACGUUUCAUCUGCCGAAGGAUGCUGGGGUUACCGCAGGGCACAGGACCCGAGUUCUGGGGAUGCCAGGAUCUAGGAGGCUGCUGUGACCAUGUUUAAGGACAUGGCUGUGGGAGGGACUGAGGAGAGGAUAGGUGGGGAACUAGUUUGAUCUUUGGGGUCCCCUACCCCAGCAAUGCCCUAAGUCCUUUAUCCUUGUUUGGUGAUCAGCUCCUGCCUCUCCCUUGCCAGCCCUCCUGAGGCAAGAGGAAGCUGUGGGCAUUGUGGGGGUGCAGACUCUCUAAGUUUGGGUCCCUUGAGAGAGGUCAGGGUCCCAGUUUCCUUCUAGGCAGUUCCUGGCCUCCCCUUCUCCCUCCACUGCCUGUCCUGGCCCAUCCCUGCAGCUUGGGUGACUGCUUUGGUCCCCUCAAAAUAGAAGGGCACUCAAGGGAACUCCUGAGGAAGUGAAAAUCAGUCAUGAAGCUGGAUCCUGUGGGACACCCCUUUAUGCUCAGUGCCCAGUGGCAUGAACCCUCCAUCGGCCCAUUAGACAGAAGUGGGAUGAAGGCCCAGAGUUGAACUUUAGUUAGGACCUCCGAGGAGCUUUCAGGGCUCCGAGGAACUCCUCCACUCUGUAGAAUGGAGUUGGGUAUCUUUGCUUUGGUCCCAAAGGAACCACCGAAUUCUGCUCAGCAUUUAUAGCAGCUGGCAGGGAAGAGGCCCAGGCUGCUCCCUUUUAUCCCCAGCAGGCAGGGCAGGGGGAUACUCACAUCUCCCCAAACCCUGCUUCCGGUCUUGCCCGGAGCAAGGUGCUCCCAGCUCAUAUCUGCCAGAUCCCCACCACUGUGGGUCAUGGUGCCCCACCCGUGUCCUGGGGGCGCCGACCCCCUUUCCCCGAUCGUCCAUGACCAGGGGCCACUGCCAGGGCAGGAAGGCGCCUGAGCCAAUGGGUGCCCUGCGGGACUUGGGGAGACGACACCAAAUUUCUGCUGUGUUUAUCUGUCCCCUCCCACCCACAGGGACCCCUCACUCCCCUCCUAUCAAGGUCUCUGCACCCUCUUUGCCUGACCAAACUGGGGUAGAUGUUUCUCCCAGGGACAGGCCUGUGUUCCUUGCCCCUUCCCCCACAUGCCUGUCUCCACAAGCUCCAUGUGCGUCCCACCCCUUUGGGGAAUGAAACCCUGGCUGAGCCGUGAGGGAACAUGACAAGUUGGGGGACCCAACAACCAUCCUUGUCCCCCGCGGCACCCUCCCUGCCCCCGAUUUUGUAUAUACAGUGACAUGCGGUGCGUGUGUGCGUGUCUGUGUGUGAGUGUGGUCUCUCAUGGUUUUGUUACUUUUUCCGUUUUUGUAAAUCUGAACGUUCCAAAUAAACAAGAAGUUUACUGAG